CCAUCUUCCCGCCAGCCCGCCCCCCCCUCGGCCCCCCCCAGCCCUCCCCCUACGGCGGCCGGCGCGGGCCAGGCCCCGCGGUUCCCUUCCGCCGCGCGGCCCGGGAAGCGGCGGCCGCUGCUCCGCCAUGGGGCUCCGGCGCGGGGGCGCGGCCCGGGGGGGCGCCGGGACCGGCCCGGGGCCGCGGCUGGAGCCCGACGCCGCCGGGUAUUUCCGACGGGCCCUGGAGACGCUGCGGGAGGGGCUGAGCCCCGAGGAGCUCGCCCUGUUUGCCCCCAACGUGCUGGCGGAGGCAGCGGCAGCGGGGCCGGGGGUGGCCCUGGACCCGGGGGGGUCGCGGGUGCUGCAGGCGCUGCUGCCCCACGCCCCCCUCGCGGUGCUGGGGGUGCUCCUGCCCCCCUUGGUGGGGGGAGGGCUGGGGGGGGCGGCAGGGCACCCGCUGGGGGCUCGGGUGCUGGAGGCCGCCCUGGGGAGGGUGCUGCCCGCCCUGGGGGAGGCCGUGGGGCAGGUGGAAGGAGCCGUGGGGCAGGUGGAAGGAGCCGUGGGGCAGGUGGAGGGAGCCGUGGGGCAGCUGGCGGCGGUGGUGAGGGACGACCUGGUGGCCUUCGCGCGGCACCCAGCCGGCAGCUUCGUGGUGCGGGCGCUGCUGCGGGUGCUGGGGGGCGUCCCGGGGGCAGGGGUGCCCCAGCUGUCUCUGGGAGGGGCGGAGCUGAAGGCCAAGGGGGCGGAGCCAAAGACCGAGGGGGUGGAGCUUCCACCCUCCUUCCCGCCCCUCCUGACGCAAUUGGCUGAGGCGUUUGAGGAGCACCUGGGCUGUGAGUGUUGGGGGGGAUGGGGGGCCUCCCCCCCUCGGUCUCCCCCCCCUCCUC